AUGGACGUGGAUGAUGGGAACUUUGAUAACAUAGUGGAGCUUGAAUUGGGGGCUCCAUGGCCUUUUCCCCCGCUAGAAGUCACUGCCACCUUAGCCCACAAAUUCGAAGUUAUAGGUACAAAGGGGGUCAAGAUAACAUUUGAGAAGACAACCGUGAAGACUAAGGGGAACUUAUCUCAGCUGCCCCCAUUAGAUGUUCCCCGUUUACCGGAAGCCCUAAGGCCGCCGUCUAAUACGGGAUUUGGUGAGUUUGAGGUUACGUAUUUGGAUUCUAAUACGCGUAUCACUCGAGGGGACAGAGGAGAAUUGAGGGUAUGA